CUUUCGGCUUUGUGUGUGUAAACGCCGCUGCUGCAUGGUGAUCGGUGCGUCGCUCCUGCCUCGUUCACUUCGCUUCGCUGUGCUUUGUAGGGGGUUGAGGAAACAAUUAUUAUCGUAAGCAGCUACCCACCCUGACGUCGAACUGGGGAAGUCGCGCAAAAACGCUGCCGAUAUGACAGCUGUCCAAGGGGUCCUCUCUGCCGCCGAACGCUCUGUGCGUUCGGUGUUCGUGGGGAACAUUCCUUAUGAAGCUACAGAAGAACAGCUAAAAGACAUUUUUUCCGAAGUAGGACCAGUGGUCAGCUUUAGGCUCGUGUAUGAUCGUGAGACAGGAAAGCCCAAAGGUUAUGGAUUCUGCGAAUACAAGGAUCAAGAGACCGCGCUCAGCGCUAUGCGAAAUUUGAAUGCUUUCGAUCUCAACGGACGUCCCUUGCGCGUUGACAACGCUGCCAGCGAGAAGAGUAAAGAAGAACUCAAGAAUUUACAGGCGUCAUUGGGUGGCCCUCCAGUCGAAAGUCCAUAUGGCCCGGAAGUGGAACCAGAACGUGCACCCGAAGCUAUUUCCAAAGCAGUGGCAAGUUUGCCACCUGAACAGAUGUUUGAGCUGAUGAAGCAGAUGAAGCUGUGCAUUCAGAACAACCCCGGAGAGGCUCGGAACAUGCUCCUCCAGAACCCGCAGCUGGCAUAUGCGCUGCUUCAGGCGCAAGUCAUCAUGAAGAUUGUGGACCCCCAGGUGGCCCUCAGCAUCCUGCACCGCCAGAACCCCAACCUCACCCCACUGGGCACGGGUGCCCAGCAGCCCCUAGGAGGCACCCAGCCGGCCGUGGUGGCUGCGGCUGGCCCCAUGGUCAGUGGGGCUGGGCCCAUGGUGGCUGGGGCUGGGCCCAUGGUGGGCGGAGCCGGGCCCAUGGUUGGAGCAGCCGGGCCUAUGGUAGGUGCAGCUGGGCCAUUGGCGGGAGCUGCCGGUGGGCCCCAGCCCUUAGCACCACAGCCUCCGCUGGGACCGCAGGGAAUGCAAGGGCUAGGUCCCCAGCCAAUGGGACAGCCCAUGGGGCAGCAGCCUGGAGGAUUGGGUCCCAUGGGAGGGCCAGCUGGAGGUCCAGGCUUUCCUGCCGACUCGCCCUUUUCGGACGUGGGAUUUAGUGCACCAGCAAGAGCAUCGUUGCUUGGGGAGCGACCUACGGGGCCUGAGCCAAUCAGAAGCAAUCCCUUUGAUCCUCGUGUGAUGGGCCCUCUAGGUGGAGGUCCCGGCAGGGGUGGACCCGACCCUCGCCUGGACCCUCGGGGUGACCGCGACCUGCGUACCAUGCCCCCCAUGGGUGACCGUGACAUGCGCCAGCAGCCACCCCUCGAAGACCAGGACCUGCGCACAGACCCCCGCUUUCGGCCUGGUGCAGCAUUUGACCCCCGCAGCCGACCCUUUGGCGCUGGCGGGGGCCCCAGGGAUGACCCCCGUAUGGCAGGCGCUGGGGCCGGAGGGCGCCCGGGGCCCCCUGCCGCGGCCGCGAACCCAGUCAUCUCUGCGCAAGACCAAGAGAAAGCAGCACUCAUCAUGCAGGUGCUGCAGCUUUCGGACCAGCAGAUUGCGUUGUUGCCUCCGGACCAGCGGCAGAGCAUCAUGGUGCUCAAGGAGCAGAUUGCCCGCAGCACCCAGCAGCAGUGAGGCCACUAACCCUAAUAAACAUCCUUGCUCGCCUGUG